CAUAAUGCUCGUUUUUAUCAUUGGCAGUCAGUGCCAGUGGAUUGUGAAGUCUUCCAAGGUAGAUCAACAAUUACCAUUGAGCACUUAACUGGUGAAGUCAAACCCAUAGAAAAGAAAGUUGGGGACAGCAUUCCUGGGGGCGCUCGGAACAUUGAUGGUGUGAUGAUUGUUAAGGCAACGAAGACAUGGAAAGAAUCAAUGCUGAGCAGAAUUGUGCAGUUGACUGAAGAAGCUCAAUUGAGUAAACCAAGGCUUCAAAGAUGGCUUGACAAGUUUGGCGACCAUUAUAGUAAAGCAGUUGUAGUACUAUCCUUUGCAGUUGCAUUAAUGGGGCCAUUGCUAUUCAAAUGGCCAUUUUUCAGUACAUCAGUUUGUAGAGGAUCAUUUUACAGGGCACUGGGGCUUAUGGUUGCUGCCUCACCGUGUGCUUUGGCUGUAGCCCCACUGGCAUAUGCUACUGCAAUUAGUGCCUGUGCAAGAAAGGGAAUCUUGCUUAAGGGUGGGCAUGUUUUUGAUGCUCUAGCAUCAUGUCACACUAUUGCAUUUGACAAAACUGGCACAUUAACCACUGGAGAAUUCACUUGCAUAGCAAUUGAACCAAUACAUGGACAUGUUAGCAACAGUGAGAAACAAAUUGCUUCAUGUUGUGUGCCUAGCUGUGAGAAAGAAGCUCUUGCCGUGGCUGCUGCCCUGGAGAAGGGAACUACUCACCCCAUUGGAAGAGCUGUUGUGGAUCAUAGCAUGGGAAAAGAUCUUCCUUCUGUUUCUGUUGAAAGUUUUGAAAAUUUGCCUGGCAGGGGUCUUUUUGCAACAAUUUCUCACAUUGAGCAAGGACUCGGAGAUGGUAAGCCAUUGAAAGCCUCACUUGGCUCUGUAGAGUAUAUCACAUCACUUCUUCAGUCAGAUGAUGAAUCAAAAAAGAUUAAGGAGGCUGUUAGCACUUCUUCUUAUGGAGAGGAGUUUGUUCGUGCUGCUCUCUCUGUCAAUAACAAAAAGGUAACUCUAUUCCAUUUUGAAGAUAAGCCUCGACAUGGUGCUUCAGAUGUCAUAAAGGCAUUGCAAGAUAAUGGAAAGCUCCGUGUCAUGAUGUUAACUGGUGACCAUGAGUCAAGUGCAUGGAGAGUGGCAAAUGCUGUGGGCAUCAAAGAAGUUCACUGCAGCCUGAAGCCUGAGGAUAAACUCUAUCACGUUACAAGUAUUCCCAGAGAUACAGGGGGAGGCCUUAUAAUGGUAGGCGAUGGUAUCAAUGAUGCACCUGCCCUGGCAGCUGCCACUGUGGGUAUUGUUCUAGCUGAACGUGCUAGUGCAUCUGCUAUAGCUGUUGCAGAUGUGAUGUUAGUGCAGGACAAUAUUUCAGGGAUUCCAUUUUGUGUUGCUAAAUCUCGGCAAACGACUUCGUUGGUUAAGCAAAAUGUGGCUCUUGCAUUAUCUAGUAUUUUUCUGGCAUCUCUUACAUCUGUUUUGGGUUUCCUCCCUCUCUGGUUAACGGUUCUUUUACACGAAGGUGGUACUCUUCUUGUUUGCCUGAAUUCAAUCCGGGCUCUACAUGACCCAACAUGGUCCUGGAGGCACAAUAUUCAGACACUCGUUGAAAAAUUAAAAUCACUACUACUCUUCAAAUACCGCGGCACCACUCAAGCUGCACCAUUGUAGUUACGCACGCCAUUUGCCGGUCAUAUUUUGUUGGUUUUCGUGUCCUUGCAACUGGUUGAAUAGAUGGAUUGAAUUCUCUUCAGGUAUACCACAAAGCAUUGACGUCCAAUGUUAAAAGUUUGAGGUUGACUAGCAAAUGUAGUUAUUUCACUUGUAAAUACCUUUAUGAAUUUGCUUUAUUUUGUUGUUCGAAAAUGACAAUCCCAUCGAUAUCAAAACGAAUAUAUGCAGCAGCGUGCCUCUGUUAUCAUUAUCAUUACAAUCUCUGUUUUCUUGUUGAAGCUUCCACUUUAGAAGUCAAAUUUGAACACGGAAUGGAAUUGUAUUUUUACCUUUGGUUCUUCUCAAUGCUUUUGCAAUUUCAGGUGGUUUUCUAUUCA